AGAAAGCAUCAGGACAGCAGAUCAUGCUCUCUCUAAUAAGGGGGGGGGGGCUUCGUGUGAAAAAAUGGGUUUUUAAUAAGAUGUUUGCAUCAACGGCGGCUUUCAAUUUGUAUCGGAAGUUGAGAUUGCGUAUUCCUCUAAGCUUUUCUUUCUCUAUGGGGAGAAAGAAACAGCGCGCGCGGAUUAAGGCAGGCAGUUCUCUCCAGUCCGGAAGAUGACGCUCCUUAAUCCCUCGAAAACAGCCCGUUCCUCCUUCCUCCUCCUCCUCCUGCUGCCAGGAGCUGAGGCGCGGGGGGGCUCCGUAUCUUCGAGGAGGCCGUGGGCGUCAGGAAGAGGCGGGGCUUCUCCUGAGUUGAGCUUCUGUCUGGAACCCGGAACUAGAGUGGCGAGCGGGGCCCUCCUCAGCCAGCCCGCGGCGGUGUGCCUCGCCUUCUUCUUUCCCUUUUCUUUUCGUUUCCUUCCUUCCCGUCCGGGUGUCUCGUCGCUGAUCUGAUCUGGGCGAUGGCGGCGAUGGGGAUGACCGACGCGAGCUUCUUGUGGGGUGUCUUUCAGAGGGUUGAUAAAGACCGCAGCGGGAUCAUCUCGGACAGUGAGCUCCAGCAGGCACUCUCCAACGGAACAUGGACUCCAUUUAACCCAGCAACAGUUAGGUCUGUUUUAUCCAUGUUUGACAGAGAGAACAAAGGUGGUGUGAACUUCAAUGAAUUCACGGGAGUCUGGAAAUACAUCUCCGACUGGCAAAAUGUCUUUCGCACUUAUGACAGAGACAAUUCUGGAAUGAUUGACAAACACGAACUAAAGCAAGCACUAACAGGUUUUGGGUAUCGACUGUCUGACCAGUUCUAUGAUAUCCUUAUUCAGAAGUUUGACAGACAAAGAAGAGGACAGGUGGCUUUUGAUGACUUUAUUCAGUGCUGUGUUGUUCUUCAGAAAUGGACAGAUGUCUUCAGACGCUAUGAUACUGAUCAGGAUGGCUGGAUUCAAGUGUCCUAUGAACAGUACCUUUCCAUGGUCUUCAGUGUCGUAUGACAGCGAAUACUGUCUCGCUGGGAUAUGGACUCAAGUUGCCAACUUUCUUUAUACAAAAAAGUCUCAUUCUCAAUAUUGUAUAGAUCAGGUUUAGAAGUAGUAAACUUUUUAAAGAUUCUAAUUAAGGCCAUAGCACCUGCCACAAUUCAACAUUUGCAUCAUGUACAAUAAAUAUUUGAGAAUAUGUAACAUUUAAAUGCCAAGUGAGUGCUUACUCAAGCUUGCACACUACUGCAUGUGCCUCCUUUUUUUACACAAUAUAAAAAUAAAAGCUAGACUUCUGUCCUGUGCCUUCAUAAUGAUGUUGUGCUGCUGCCUAGUUGCUCCUGCUUGAGUGGGCUGAACCUGCUCACUCAGAUUCUCAGGGUAACCUGGGGUCUUCCUACAGCCCCCACAACUGCUGUAGUUAAUAUGUAUGUUCUUUACCUUGCAGAGGAUAUGACUAAUUUGCUUUGGGGGCUGCUUUGAAUAGUAGAUGUGCUUGAAGGUACACAUGUAUACAGUAUAGAUGUGUAUAUUGUGCUGUGCCAGGCAUGUAGAAGAUACAAGUUUACUUCUCUGUAAUAUACAAGCUGAACCACAUCUGCAUGUCUCUUUCAUUGUUGACUUCACUGACAAACUAGACUAGAGUAAGAUGGAUGCUACUUUAUGGGGGUGGGGGGAACAGCCUCAUUUUGGUUUAACAAUAUGAUCAUCACUCCAGUGAACAGAACUGGACCUAAAGUUGUCUUCACUAUUCCUGAAUUAAACCGCCUCAAACAGGAAGCUUAUUAUUUGA